ACAGCUGAAUUCGUUCUGUAUUUCCUUUAUUCCUUUCAAGAAUUGUUCUUAUUUAUAUUGUGCUCACAUAAUUAUUAUACCAUACUGCUCACUCCAUAUAUUGACUACAAGUCCCAGAACUGCGAAGGCAAUGUGGACCAUCAAUGCCGGGCCCCUGCUGGCUUGUCUAGGACUCAACACCCUUGCAGCGGCUUGGGCAUCCCCAGGGUACUCGGGAUUCAAUUUGCAGUGGGAAUCGCAGUUCGCCGGCGCUGCUGGUACGCCCCCGUCAUCUGACAACUGGAACAUCAUUACUGGAUAUCUCGGGGUGAACGCCGAAUGGGAGAGGUACACGGCUUCUUCCGCGAAUGUACAGUGCUCCGGAGGCCAGACUUUGCAGCUCGUUCCCUGGAGAGACUCUUCAACCACCUACGGGUGGACAUCAGGCAGGGUCGAGAGCAAGUACACCUUCACGCCCAAGGCAGGAGCCGUCACUCGUGCGGAAGCCCAGAUCAGAUUCGGUUCAAACGCUAUUGCCAACAAGCAAGGAAUUUGGCCGGCAUUUUGGAUCCUCGGCCAGUCGCUGCGUCAAGGGGGGAGCUGGCCUGCCUGCGGUGAGCUCGACAUUAUGGAGACGGUAAACGGCAUCCUCAGGGGUUAUGGAACAGCCCACUGCGGUACUUACCCAGGUGGCAUAUGCAACGAAGGUACCGGCAUCGGGAACUCGAUUGCCGUACCUGACCAAGGCUGGCAUAACUGGAGAAUCGAAUGGGACCGCAGGUCUAACAACUGGGCAACUGAAACUGUAACAUGGUAUAUGGACGGCCAGGCUUUUCACCAGAUCAGGGGCAGUCAAUUGACUCAAGACAUUUGGAAUGCCCUGGCUCACUCAAGCCUGUAUUUCAUUCUUAAUGUUGCAGUUGGCGGCACAUGGCCUGGAUAUCCCAAUUCAGCUACCUUAGAUGGCUAUGGGUCCAUGAUGGAAGUCGGAUAUGUCGCACAUUACGUAACUUAG